AUGGGCCAGCUCGAUACCAACCUCCAGGCCCUUCUUGACAAGAGGAAGCAGAAGGGUCGCUUCAGGUCCUUGAAAGAAUAUGACACCCGUGCCGGAUCGGGCCUGACGGACUUUUCGUCCAACGAUUAUCUCUCGAUCACAACAGACGCUGGUCUACGAGAGGCCUAUGUUUCCCGCAUCGCCAGCGAACCAAUGGUGUUGGGGUCCACCGGCUCGCGACUGUUAAGCGGAGGGACCCCGUCGCACAGGCUGCUCGAGCGUCGUCUGGCCGACCACUUUGACGCGCCAAGUGCAUUAUUGUUCAACUCGGGAUGGGACGCAAACGUCUCGUUCUUUGGUAACGCGCCCCAACCUCACGAUUGGGUCGUGUACGACGAGCUGGUGCACGCCUCGGUCCACUCGGGUAUGAGGGCCAGCCGUGUGGCUGCCGACAGGAAGGUGCAGUUCCUCCACAACGACCCCGAGUCGCUGGCGGAGGUGUUGCAAAAGAUUACGACCGAGAGCAAGAAGAAUGCAGGCAAGACCAAGCCGACCAUCUUCCUCGCCAUGGAGUCCCUCUACUCUAUGGACGGUGACUUUGCGCCGAUCCCGUCACUCCUGGAUGUGUUGGACGUCUAUGUCCCGCGUGCUCAACAAUGUGUCAUCGUCGACGAGGCCCACUCGACAGGCGUGUAUGGCUCUGGUGGUCGUGGUGUCGUCGAUGCCCUUGGUGAAGGCACCACCCGCACGGGCAGCGGCCGUGUGACCGUCCGCCUCAUGACAUUCGGUAAAGGCGUAGGCUGCUCGGGCGCCGUCCUCCUCGCCUCAGAGACGGUUCGCAGCUUUCUCAUCAACUUCGCCCGUCCAUUCAUCUUCUCCACAGCCCUCCCACUCAGCACGGUCUUUGCCCUCGAAUCUGCAUGGGACUUUCUUGGGUCGAGUAAAGGAGAGACCCGCCGGGCCCUCCUCGUCGACACCAUCAACUAUUUCAUGGACCGCGUCGGCCCGCUCCUGGCGUUUACGCGGCCAACCAUUCUCCGACUCCCAGACCCCACUCCAGUCCCGUUCCCCGAUGGAAGGACUCUACCGCCCCGCCCGGCGGCGCCCAUUAUCGGCCUGCUGUCUCCCACACCGCAUGCGCUCAGCGCCUUCCUCCUCGAGCGCGGGUUCGUCGUCCGUCCAGUGGUGCCCCCCACAGUUCCACCUGGUGGGGAGCGUGUGCGCAUCUGUCUCCGAGCGGGAAUCGACCUUGGAGCACUGGACGGCCUGAUUCGGGCACUUGCGGAGUGGGUAAAGUUGAAGCUGGCUGAUGGUGAGGAGGAAGUGCGCGCCAAGUUGUAA